GUGUGUGUGAGGGAGAGAGAGAGAGAGAGAGAGUUGGCUGCCGUUGUUUUCUCUCCUGAAGUUGGGGAUCUCCUCGGACCUCCAGCUGGUUACCGGAGGUGAGGAGCAGAGGAUUAAAGUUACUGAGUUAGUUGUGGAUGAUGAACUGCUUAUGAUCACAAUAGUUAUAUUAUAUAAUUAUAUAGAUAUAUGGUGGAGAGCAGCGCCGUUUGAACAGCAUGUCGGCUGUUAUUCUGGUUUUCUGAUUGGAGCUCCUUAGUGUUCCUUCCUGCUCCUGAUCCCCCCUGAAGACCCCCGUGCGAACCAGGACACCGUGUCCAGGUCUCCUGCUGUGCGAGCGUCCGAUGAGAUAAUGGAGGUGGAGGCCGAUCUCCAUGGCAGCCAGCCGAUGGAGUCGUCUGUGGGGGUGCUGUCGGUGGUGGCGUCGUGUGUGAUGGUGUUCGGGGGGGCCCUGCCCUACCUGCCCCAGUACCAGGAGAUCCUGAGGAGCAACGACACCACCGGCUUCUCCACCCGCGUCUGCCUGGUGCUGCUGCUCGCCAACAUCCUGCGCAUCUUCUUCUGGGUGGGGAAGCAGUUCGAGCUGCCCCUGCUCCUCCAGAGUGUGGUCAUGAUCUCCACCAUGUUCUGCAUGUUGCGUCUCUGCUGCCACGUCCACAACUCCAACCGCGUCAGCACCAAGCAGCACCGCCUCUCAGAACUGGACCCGCGGUACUUCUGGCAGUGGACCAUGUUCGAGGACUACCUGCUGUUCUGCCUGCUGUUCAGCGUGGGCUGCUGCCUGCUGACGCUGCUGCUGCUCGACUCGCCGCUGUUCAUCGAGGCUCUGGGCGGCCUCGCCCUGCUGCUGGAGGCCCUGCUGGGCCUGCCGCAGCUGCUGCAGAACCUCCAGCAGCGCUCCACCCGCGGCAUGAGUGUGAAGAUGGUGGUGAUGUGGACUCUGGGCGAUGUCUUCAAGACGUCCUACUUCCUGCUGAACGAGAGUCCGGUCCAGUUCUGGGUGUGCGGGUCGGUCCAGAUCGUGAUGGACGCCCUCAUCCUGCUGCAGGUCUUCCUCUACGCUCCGGACGCACACUCCAAGUUUGGCUGAAGCCGUUGCUAUGGCGUCAUCAUCCGCUGAGCAGACGUUUGAGCGUUUGAGCGUUGCCGCGGCAAAGAUGGAGCCGUUCCCCCCUAAGUGUGUCAGCCCCCUCAAAGGUCAACCCCUCUCACCCCCCCUCCCCCAGGUCAACCACCAUCUGCAUAAAAUGUGAAUAUCCCCCAUCCCCCCCAAAGGUCAACCCCUCUCACCGCCCCCCCCCAAACAACCCACCUGCCCCCCACCCACAGGUCCACCCCACCCAGCACCUCCUUUAAGGUGACCACCUACAGGACCACAACGCCCCCCCUCAGUAUCAUCAAGAGGUGCUCUCCCUAUUUUCAAGAUUAGUAUUAUUUUUAUAAUACUAAUCAAGAGGUGCUGUCCCGCCCCCCGUCCCCCCCCCUCAGGAUCCUGUC